GUCCACAACCACCCCCAAUAAAAGCUCCCAAUAUUUUCUCCUCCCUUUAAACUCAUCUUUUCUCCUCUACCCUUAGUUUUCUCUCUUGGUCUGUGAUUCUGCAAUUGUGGCGUUGAACCAAAAAAUGGGUCAGGAAAGAGGCAGUGCAAUGGUUGCAACAGCAUUUCUUGUGUUGUUGUUGCUCCUUCAUUCCGAACCUGCUAGUGCAGCCACCUACACAGUUGGCAAUGCAGGUGGCUGGACCAUCAACGUUGCCAGUUGGCCCAAAGGAAAGCGCUUUCGGGCUGGUGAUACACUCGUAUUUAACUAUGCGACAGGAGUUCACAAUGUGGUAGCAGUGAACAAGGCAGGCUACAAAACAUGCAAGACUCCAAAGGGUGCAAAAGUGUAUCAGACUGGAAAGGAUCAGAUCAAGCUUGCCAAGGGACUCAACUUCUUCAUUUGCAAUUUCCCUGGUCACUGUGAGUCUGGGAUGAAAAUAGCCGUCAAUGCAAUCUGAUCAGUGAUACAUGUUGAUGGAGCUCUAUAUAAUUAUUUAUAAAUUAAGCUUAAUUAGCUGUGUGACUUUUUAUUAGGAUUUCUGUCCAAAACUAAUGCUGCUUGUGGAUGAAGAAAUAAUGAGACUAUAGAAAAGUUUUAGGAAAAUUAUUAUUCUAUGAGUGUACUAGAAAUAUGAGUGAUCUAAAUAUAUAUAUAUACACAUAAGUAGGCACGGGAAAAGAAACAGCUAAUGUUGACCUUUACUACUCUUUAGUUGUCUGGUUAUCAGCAAGUCUUAUAAAUAAUCAUUGUAUAAUGGCUUGGCAUAUAAACUAGGAAUAAAUAUUGCAGUUUAGUACUUUAUAUUAGUACUUUA